UGUUAUUUACCCGUGCAUAGAGGAAGUGUCUGUUACAGCAUAUAGACUAGUGCGUGUUGAUAACGAUAUCUGAAAGCUAGGGCAACAAAGCACACACGUCCAUUAACAGCAAUAACAUGGAGUUUCCUGAAGUCAUAGAUCUAAAUGUGGGUGGCCGACAUCUGACUACGUCCCUUUCCACACUCCGCAAGUACCCGGAUUCUAUGCUGGCGGCCAUGUUUAGUGGAAGAUUCCCAGUAACCAAGGACAACGAUGGUCGGUUCUUCAUCGAUGUGGAUGGAGAUGUGUUCCUUCACAUCCUUAACUUCCUGAGGUUCAAGACACUUCCGCCGCCAGAAGCUGCACUCGCAGUACAGAACUACGCGGAAUAUUUCGGAUUGAGGGAGUUAUGCAACAGGCAACAAGAAUGGGGGCCAGUGUUUGUGAAAACAUUAAAGGACAAAUGGAAAGGCAAAAUAAAUGGUUACGAAGCUUGUCUUCGACAAGUUCGAGAUGGAUUGCUGACCUGUAACUUUGACAAUGGCUAUUUCUACAUCCUGUUUUCUGAUCUUUCUAAGCAUAUGUUCUCCAGGUGUAACGUCCCAGGUAUAUCUGAUGGGCAUCUUGUUAUCAGCGUUACGUUCUAUUCCUCCAAAACCUUGAGAAGCACUCUCAUUAGAUUCCUCAAUGAUGACCUGAGACGUAUCAAUGUCUUUCCUGAUGGAGACGAAGUCUACAGACCGGAAUCUGCCUGUGAGUGCAGAGUAGCAUUCAGGUUUAUUCUGAGAUGAUGAGGGACGAUGUGGACCUUCCUGAUACAUGCCUACCAUUCCAGAGACUCCAUGUACAUGAACACAGUAACACGAUGUAAAGCUCAGUAUUGUUUCUUAAUGGUGACGACAUGCCGUGAUCAUGUUAAAACAGAAAUGUGAAAACCGUUUCCACUUUCGUAAGAAACAUUCAGCAAUAUUACCAAACCAAACUCAGUCACUCACUGUUGAAUGGAAACAAACCCUGCAGUCGGUUGUGUGAUUCGACAUCAAGUCAAUGAUGCCUAAAUGUGGUUUGACACAGCUAUGAGCAAUCUUCCGGCCAGAUCAGGGCGUUGUAUGCAAAUUAAAGCACUGGCCAUACGCAUCUACCCCAUGAUUAAAGUUUUGUGGAAGAUGUUACGUUCUUGUUCUUGUCAUGAUUCUGACAUAGGAGUUCAUUGACAAACCUGAACACGCGUAUCCAGAUGCAAAAUCAUAGAGAAAUUAUGUAUCAACAAGAACAUGGUUUAGGGUCUGGACAUAACCCAAAUCUGUUGAAUCCGGAAAUAGAUGAUUUCUUCAUUGUCGAAAUGUACCGAGUCGUUUCUUCAAUGUAACUUUGUCACAAUCCUCGCUCCACUUCACCUCAUCUUCAAAACAUUUAAAAUGAAUACGACUAUGAUGUGCAAUCACCAGUUACUGCAUUCCGAAGAAGGGUGGGCUUCGGCAAAUGAUACUGCCUUGAAAUAUGGUUUUACGCUUAUUACAGCUGGAGUUAAUAUAUCACAUCCUUUGCAUGAUUCUGUCACUAAAACAGCCCACAACAAUCAAGCUGCGUGGACGUGCUGACGUCAUUCAUACGAUCUGUGGCUGGAGACGUCAGACACACAUUGUGCGCUCAAACAGAAUACAAACCCUAUUUACUGCAAUCUGUGUCGGUACAAAUCUCCCCAAGCCCAUCGCAAUAUCAGACCUGCUGUUAAGACGAAUCACAAGCUAACUGAAAUCAAAUCAAACGUUUUCGUAAAGAGAGAAAGAUGCAGCUUUGUGGAUAACAACUUGUGUAUUGCAUCACAACAAGUACUUGUUAUUGUUAAACUGGUCCUUGUCCAAAUAUAUCAUGCAUCUAUACCUCUCAUCACUUUGUUGCAGUCACUUCAGCUUGUUAACGAUGUCAGACAAUGUACAAGUAUUUAUACCAUCGCCGUACUAAUGACAUUGGAAGCAUCUAAGAGGAUUUGGAACAUAGGUAUCAACAAUAACAUGCCUUUAUCGAUUUGGGGACAGUUGGAGAUGAAAAGGAAAAGCGAUUAGUGUUGUUUGAAGGGUUUCUUUGUUUUUACGGGUUGUGAUUCGUUAAAUGUAAGUCAGGCCUUGGUAUUUCACCUCUGAGACAAUUUUCUAUCAUGUCAGCAAACAAUCGAUUCUUUAACUACUGUUCAGCUUUCUGUCCGCAGUGACUGAUUCUUGAGUGCCAACACAUGAUUCAGUUGUCGUCAGAUUUGUCUGUUGCCUUUGUUUUGUUUGUUUUAAACAUAUUUUAUUCAUGAGAAAAGGAUUGGGUACAAGUUAUACAACUUAGAACACCCUCUAUUACAUAGUAUUUUUUACAUUCAUUCUACCAGAUGGACAGAAAAGAACAGAAAGAUGGGAAAGAGAGAAACAAUUGCAACAAUUAAGAAAAUCGGUUUGAUUGACAAAUAUAUGUUUGAACAAUU